UGAAGGCGAGUGAGCAACCGUUUCAUCACCGAGCCACUCCUGUGAGCAACAAUGACCCAGUUUUGCCAACAAUGACUUCAUCUUCUUAAAUGUGAACUUCUUUGAGGUUUUUCCGGUUUCUUUAUGAAAUAUGUAAUGGUGUCCGUAGAGAGUGUUUUAACCUCCACAGCCCAAACGCUACACUGCAAGAACCGACUCAACCAGUCUGUGCUGAUCGCCGAGGAAUCUGUCUUUUACUGUACGUUAAAGUGCGUCGGAUUGUAUAGUAGAUCCCUCCCUACUUCAUCCUUUUCCCUGACAAAGACACCCUGAGGCGUCUGUGUGUGUGUGUUUGUGUGUGUGCGCAGAGAGAAGGCGUGUCCUAAGCGUCUCCCAAUGUAUUUAAAAGAGGCGUGAACAUGCAACUGGUCCAAGAGAGAGAAACCACAAAGUUACCAGGAACAGACGAUUUCUUCCUUCAUUGACUUGAGAUGCCCGUGGAGACGCGCUCGCCCAGAGACACGUCCGCCGUGGGCCGGUUUCCGAGCGUCACCCUCGCGUCGGCCGACGAGGACGAGGAGCCGCCGGAAGAACGGGACGAUGCGUGCCGGCGCUGGCUGCGGGGCGCCUGCCUGUGCUGCCGUCUCGAGUCCGAGUCCGACGACCUCAAGGACACGCUGGUCACGGCGGUGGAGGACGCGGGGGCCGGCCAGAGGCCUGCGACGGAAGACAGCGAGCUCCACGAGCUGCCCCUCCGUGUGGUAUCUGUAGAUCUGCUGAGAAGCAAAGCGGCGCAGAACCGCGUGGAGCACCGCACCGACCUCUACCAGGGCGACCACUGCAUCGUCCGCAGGGGGCAGAAGUUCCACAUGUGGCUUACCUUGUCUCGGCCUUUCCACGCCCAAACAGACAAACUUCACCUAGAACUGAAAACAGGCCCUCUGCCAACAGUGUCGAAGGGAACUCACGUCAUCGUCCCUCUGGUGGAAGUGCCGCAGAAUAACCGCUGGCAGGCCGUGGUGGUGGAGCGGGACGGCGCCAGGAUGAAGCUGUCGGUCGAUUCCCCGACCGCCGCUGUCGUCGGCCGCUAUCGCCUGCAGGUGGAGACGGAAUACCCGGGCGGCCAGUCCAUCUCGGAGCAUGAGCCCGCUAAUGACGUCCAUGUGCUGUUCAACCCCUGGUGUGAAGACGAUGCAGUGUUCAUGGACGCCGACGAGGAGAGGCAGGAGUACGUCCUCAACGACGUCGGACGCAUCUACUACGGCACGCAGGACCAGAUUGCCGCCCGCACGUGGAACUACGGGCAGUUCGACGAAGGGAUGUUGGCCGCAUCCCUUUUUGUUUUGGAAAAGAGUGGGACUCCUCCAGCUGGGUGGGGAGACCCUGUUAACGUGGUGCGAGUCGUGUCUGCUAUGAUCAACUCUCGUGACGACCAGGGCGUCGUGGAGGGAAACUGGUCAGGGAACUACGACGCAGGAACAACUCCCACGGUCUGGAGCGGGAGUAUGGAAAUACUGAGCCAAUACCACAAAAGCGGCGGCACCCCCGUGAAGUACGGCCAGUGUUGGGUCUUCGCCGGACUCGUCACCACGGUUUUGAGGUGUUUGGGAAUCCCCAGUCGGACCGUGACCAACUACAGCUCAGCCCACGACACCGACGUCUCCUUGACGACGGACGUGUACCUGGAUGAGAACCUGGAGCCCAUCGCUCAUCUAAAUGCGGACUCCGUCUGGAACUUCCACGUGUGGAACGACUGCUGGAUGGCUCGCCACGACUUGCCCCCCGGUAUGGGAGGUUGGCAAGCGGUCGAUGCCACGCCCCAGGAGACCAGCCAGGGUACCUUCCGCUGCGGCCCCGCCUCCCUGGCCGCCAUCCGCAACGGUCAUGUGUUCCUCAAGCACGACUCGCCGUUUGUUUUCGCAGAGGUGAACAGCGAUAAAAUCUACUGGCAGAGGAACCUGGACGGGACUUUCUCGAAAAUCCACAGCGAGAAGAAGAUCGUGGGCCACCUCAUCAGCACCAAGGCCGUGGGCUCCGAUGAGCGCAGCGAUAUCACGCAUCUUUACAAACAACCCGAAGGCACAGAAGCCGAGCGCAUCGCCGUGGAGACGGCGUGUCGGUACGGCUCCAAGUCGGACGCGUACUCGUCUCCCACGGCGGAGGACGUCACCAUCGCGGUAGGCUUGGACGGCGACGGUCCGCAAAUGGGGAGGGACGCCGAGUUGACCAUCACGCUGCGAAACAGCAGCUCGGAGCACCGCCAUAUCCUCCUGCACAGCCAGGUGGCGGUCAUGUACUACACCGGAGUCCACAAGGCCACCGUCAGUACCGACCGCACCGACCUGGACCUGCUGCCCACUGAGGUCAAGGUUUUGGAAUGGACCCUUGAGUACCAAGACUACAAAGACCAGUUGGUGGACCAGGCCGCACUUAUGCUGACCCUGUCGGGCCGGGUCAGAGAGACCCAGCAGGUCCUGGCCACCCAGUUCAGUUUCCGACUCGGGACCCCAGACCUCUUCUUGAAGCCUAUCGGGAAAGCCGUGGUCGGGGAGAAGACGGCGGUGGAGAUAUCCUUCACCAACCCUCUACCCCAGAUGCUGACGUCGGUGAUAUUCCACGUGGAGGGCCUGGGCCUGGAAAAUGCUCACACGAUUAAAUACGGCAAUAUCGGACCCCGGGCCGCCGUGUCUCUGACCGAGUACUUCGUGCCCACCCGGCCCGGGCCCAGGAAAUUACUGGCCUCGCUGCAUUGCCGGCAGCUCACGCAAGUCCACGGUGUGACGGACAUCACCGUGCAUGAAAGGACCUACGGCGCUCUCUAGGGACCGACGUUUCCCUGCAGGAGAGAAACACUAUUUCAAGGUUGUCACCGGACACUAAGACAGGGGGCGGGGGGGAAAGACCCCUCAGGGAAAUGUGAGCUUUGACUUCCGGAACAGACUGUAAGUAUAAGCCGGAGUCGAAACCCCAAUAAUUAAAAAAUGUGUAUCUGCUCGUCCUUCACGAGGAGGUUUUUUUUUCUGCUUAGACUCAGACAAACUGUAUUGAUCCACAAGGGGAAUUGUUCCACACAGUAGCUCAGUUUCAAAGGAUGGAAAGGGUAAGGAUGGAAAGGAUAAUGCAGCUAUUAAAUAGACAAAAAAUGUACUAUAGUAGCAAUAUAUAAUAUAUAUGUAAUAUUUACAUAUAUGUCGGUCCACUUUUUGCAGCUAUUACAGCUUUGACUCCUUUGGGAAGGCUGUCCACAAGGUUGCGUAGUGUGUUGGUAGGAUUUGUUACCACCAUUCUUCCAUAAGCGCUUUGGUGAGGUCACACGCUGAUGUUGGUCUCCGUUUGUAAUUCAUCCCAAAGGUGUUAUGUCGGGCUCAGGUCAGGACUCUGUGCAGGCCAGUCAAGUUCACCCACACCAGACUCUGUCAUCCAUGUCUUUAUGGAUCUUUAUGCACAGGUGCUGCGAUGAGGUGGCGAUUUGUCCAGGGUGUACUCCGCCUUCCGCCCGAUUGUAGCUGAGAUAGGCGCCAGCGCCCCCCGCGACCCCAAAAGGGAAUAAUCGGUACAAAAUGGAUGGAUGGAUGAAUGCACAGGUGGCAUCUAGAGAUGUCCGAUAAUACAGGACUGCCAAUAAAUGCGUGUAAAUGUAAUAUCGGAAAAUAUCUGUAUCGGUUUCAAAAAGUAAAAUGUAUGACUUUUUAAAACGCCGCUGUGUACACGGACGUAGGGUGAAGUACAGAGCGCCAAUAAACCUUAAAGGCACUGCCUUUGCGUGCCGGCCCAGUCACAUAAUAUCUACAGCUUUUCACAUUUUGCAAGGAAUUUCACCAUCUACGGUACGUAAUAACAUGAAAAGGUUCAAAGAAUCUGGAGAAAUCACUACACGUAAGCUGCAAUGCCCAUGACCUUUGAUCCUUCAGGCGGCACUGCUUCAAAAACCGACAUCAGUGUGUAAAGGAUAUCACCACAUGGGGUCAGGUACACUUUAGUAAACCACUGUCAGUAACUAAAGUUUGUCGCUACAUCUGUAAGUGCAAGUUAAAACUCAAAGCCAUUUAUCAACAACACCCAGAAACGGCGCCGGCUUCGCUGGGCCCGAGCUCAUUUAAGAUGGACUGAUGCAAAGGGGAAAAGUGUGCUUUGGUCUGACGUGUCCACAUUUCAAAUUAUUUUUGUAAGCCUUGGACGUAGUGUCCAUCGGACCAAAAAGGAAAAAAAUCCAUCCAGGACUGUUCUAGGUGCAAAGCUCAAAAGCCAGCAUCUGUGAUGGUAUGGGGGUGUAUUAGUGCCCAAGGCAUGGGUAACUUACACAUCUGUGAAGGCACCAUUAAUGCUGAAAGGUACAUACAGGUUUUGGAGCAACAUAUGUUAUCAGCCAAGCAACGUUAUCAUGGACGCCCCUGCUUAUUUCCGCAAGACAAUGCCAAGCCACGUGUUACAACAGCGUGGAUUCAUAAUAAAAGAGUGUGGGUACUAGACUGGCCUCAUUGAAAAUGUGUGCCCCAAUAUGAAGCCUAAAAUACCACAACGGAGACCCCGGACUGUUGAACAACUUAAGCUGUACAUCAUGGAUGUCAAACUCUGGCCCGCGGGCCAAAUUUGGCCCGCCGUGUAAUUUCAUUUGGCCCUUGAGGCAAUAUCAAAUUAACAUUAGAGCUGGCCCGCUGCUGUAACACCACAUUCACCACUAAUACUCUUUCUCGUCAACCCUCCCGAUUUUCCCGGGAGACUCCCGAAUUUCUCCCGAUUUUCACCUGGACAAUAAUAUUGGGGGCGGGCCAUGAAAGCAUUGCCUUUGGCAUUCUCUACAUGUCGCCACGUCCGCUUUUCCUCCAUACAGACAGUGUGCCGGCCCACUCACAUAAUAGAUGCAGCUCAUACACACACACACACACACACACAAGUGUAUGCAAGGCAUACUUGGUCAACAGCCAUACAGGUCACACUGAGGGUGGCCGUAUCAACAACUUUAACGCUGUUACAAAUAUACGCCACACAAUGAACCCACAGCAAACAAGAAUGUCAAACACAUUUCGGGAGAACAUCCGCACCGUAACACAACAUAAACAAAAAAUAAACACAACCGAAGAAAUACCCAGAACCCUUUGUAUCACUAACUCUACGGGGACGCUACAAUAUACCACCAAACCCCGCUCCAACUCAAACCCGCCGCCGAAAAGAGGCAUUCAAUUUGUAUUUUAAUUUUGUUUGAUAUGCCAUUGAUAUUUUUUAAUUAUUGUUAUUUUAAAUUUGAUUUUGCAUGUCACUAUAAAGUUAUAUAAGCCUUGCUUGGUCAAUAUUCAAUGCAAAACUUGUUUGGGUCCCUAUUAAAGGAGUAAUUUGUUCAACCUUGGCCCGCGGCUUCGUUCAGUUUUAAAUUUUGGCCCACUCUGUAUGUGAGUUUGACACCCCUGCUGUACAUCAAGCAAGAAUGGGAAAGAAUUCCACCUGAAAAGCUUCAAAAAUUGCUCUCUUCAGUUCCCAAAUGUUUACUGAGAGUUGUUAAAAGGAAAGGCCAUGUAACACAGUGGUAAAAAAUGCCCCUGUGACAACUUUUUUGCAAUGUGUUGCUGUCAUUAAAUUCUAAGUUUUUGAUUAUUUACAAAAGAAAAAUAAGUUUCUCAGUUGGAACAUUAAGUAUAUUUUCUUUGCAGUCUAUUUAAUUGAAUAUAAGUUGAUAAGGACUUGCAAAUUAUUGUAUUCUGUUUUUAUUUAUCAUUUACAAAACAUGCCAACUUCACUGGUUUUGGGUUUUGUAGAUCCUACAUCUUGUUAUUGUUUACAAACUUAGGAAAUCAGUCCCUGGGCAGAGGAGGGCUAUAAGGGCAAAAAAUCCUCAUCAUUAAACCUCGAGGGCGACUUUUUUCGCCGUUUUGUUUAAACGAUAAAGAUUCGAUCGUUGUGUGAGGUCAUUGGAUCCCUGGCGGGGGGGAUCAUUAACAUUGCCAGAGGGAGGCGCAGUAAAGGAGGCUGACUGCAUGGGAGAACUGGUGGAGGCUAAACCCCAGCGGCGUGCACCGCGUCCAAUUUCCGUCGAGUCCCACCAGGGUUGACGGUGGGCGUGGGCCCGCCUACGGCGUGCUACGUGCUGGAGGGGGGCUUGAAAUAUUCUCUCAACACACCUGAUGUACGCUGUAGGUACUCAACUCGCCUCCCUUCCCACUUUAAGCGACAGGGGGAUCGAUUCCACCCUGAGGUAAAUAUUUUAGUAAAACUCCUCUGGUUUGAAUAGUCAACUAUUUGAUGACACCCCUAAUUUAUAUACACAUACACAUUUUUUUUUGUUUUUCACAAAAAUCUGCUUUAUUUAUAAUAAAAACAAUUCUAAUUCAUAUAUAAAAACCACGUUUCCAUAUGUGAAGUGAAGUGAAUUAUAUUUAUAUAGCGCGUUUUCUCUAGUGACUCAAAGCGCUUUACAUAGUGAAAUCCAAUAUCUAAGUUACAUUCAAACCAGUGUGGGUGGCACUGGGAGCAGGUGGGUAAAGUGUCUUGCCCAAGGACACAGCGGCAGUGACUAGGAUGGCGGAAGUGGGAAUCGAACCUGCAACCCUCAAGUUGCUGGCACGGCCACUCUACCAACCGAGCUAAUCCUGAGUUGGGAAAUUGUGUUAAAUGUAAAUAUAAACGGAAUACAAUGAUUUGCAAAUCCUUUUCAACCCAUAUCCAGUUGAAUAUGCUACAAAGACAACAUAUUUGAUGGUCAAACUCAUAAACUUUUUUUUUUGUUGCAAAUAAUCAUUAACUUUAGAAUUUGAUGCCAGCAACACUGUUGCGAAAUGCUGCUCAGAUCUUCACAUGUUUGUUUUUUCAUUCUCAGUCUGACCCGUUUAUUUCCUGUUUUUGUCCAUCACUAUGGUUACACAUCAGGUCACCUGCUGCUCACGCCCCGCACACCUGCUACAGAUAAUCACCGUCACUUUAUAAGCUGUCCUCUUUUUUUUGUUCAGCCUGGGUUCAUAAUUUGCUUUCACGCAAUGAGUUACGUCUGCACUCUUGUCAUCGUAUGUAUAUUCUCGUAUGUAUAUUCACGCUAAACCCUUUUCUCAUUCCAGCUCUCAUGCUGUAUGUUUUGUUUUUCUCUUUAAUGUGUCUAUGUGCCAGUUUAGUUCUCAUUUUUGUAUAUCCUAGCUUUUAUGCUAGCGCCCUUUGUUUGUUUUAUUCUACUAGCUCUAGCAUUUUUUUAUAUAGCUCUUUUUGUUAUGUAGAUAAAUCUGUUUAUCUUA